CAUGUUUGCGGACUCCAUCGUUGUGUUCCAACUGCAGGAUCUUCCGAGUUCAUCUCACCUGUGUUUAGUAAUUCAUUCGGUUUUUCCACUGGUAAUUUGAAAAUGGACCACCGGGGAUGCAGUGGCCAUGCGUUCCACACGGUUAAAGAUCAAACAUUUGGACCGCAACUUGGUGGACGCGGUCACCGUGUUUGCGAAGGGUGGAAACGGAGGGGAAGGGGCGCUGUCGUACCGAAAGCACACAUCCUCCAAGCUAUUCGGGCCAGGUACGCCGUGGGGCGGUCCGGGCGGCCGAGGCGGCGACGUAGUUUUGGAGGUGUGCAGCGGCACCGUCUCCUUGCGGAACCUCGUCAGCCCCACCCUUGCAGCCGAGCACGGCGGGCACGGGCGCAAGCGUAACCGCGUGGGUACCAAUGGCGAGCCAUUGAUUGUGCGUGUACCGCCUGGGGUGAUUGUUUCAGAAAUCGUGGGCGAGACGAACAAAACUUCGUCACACGCAGCCCUUUGCGCGGACGAGGACAAGGCGAAGAGCGACGCGGACCAGGACGCGGAGACAAGAACGCCAGGAGCGCUACGACCGUCCGACGUCGCAGCAUCGACAAAAUCGCGAUUGGUGAAGCGUGCCGACAUGCUGCAGACAGGCGAGCAGUGCAUUCUCGCGCGGGGCGGCGAGGGCGGGUGCGGAAAUGAUAUGCACGACCCGCACUCCGCGGGGGAGGGACAGCCCGGGGAGCACCGGAAGUACCUCCUAGAACUCCAGUCCAUCGCGGACGUGGGGCUCGUCGGGUUUCCCAACGCCGGCAAGAGCUCCUUUCUCCGGUGCGUGUCACGCAGCCAGCCCAAGGUGGCCUCCUACCCCUUCACGACGAUCGCCCCGUACGUCGGCAGCGUGCAGUUCAAGGACGGCUUUGAGCUCUCGGUGGCGGACGUUCCCGGGCUCGUGGAAGACGCGCACCUGGACCGAGGGUUGGGUCACGAGUUUUUGCGACACUUGGAGCGCACGAAGGUGUUGCUCUACUGUCUCGACUGCAGCAGUCGCGGGGCGGGGGACGUGUCGGUUGUGAAGCAAAUCGAAAUCUUGCGCGCGGAAAUCGGGCGCUUCAGUGGGGAGAUGGCUGCGCGGCCGUUCGCGGUGCUCUGCAACAAGUGCGAUCUUGGCGCCGCCGCAUUGGCGAACGCAGAUCUGGUAUCGCAAGAAAAAACUGUUUCACUGUGAACUUGUGAUGCAGAAAACGAAACACCAAAGUGUUUGUCUUGCUACACCUGCAAGACAUCGGAUUUGCAAGCGUGUUUUCCCUUGGGAAGCGCGCAUGGCAAAUUUUCUGUCACAUGUGUAACAAACUUGUGAUGCAGAUAUUGCUAAAUCACCACAGUGAAACAGUUUUUUCGUGGGAUAGCUGGUGCAGAAGUAUUUCGAGCAGGAGGUGGACGAGGGGAUAGACGACGAGGCUUGUAGAAGUUUCUCUUCCUCAUCAAGUGAGCAUGCAGGGCCAAGGCAGCAAUUUUUACCCUCAUCAGUUUCGUCAGUGCCUAUUUUCGCGAUAUCGGCGCGAACUGGUGUUGGGAUCAGUGGCGUUGUGGCAGGGCUUCGACGUUUACUCGGAGACGCCACGGGAGGACGGCAACGACAAAACGGCACGGAGAACGUUCCCGCAGACGAGUUUUGUUGAAUCGCGAAAGAUGGGACACUUAUCGAUACAAGUGAUAGUCCUACAUAUGUUCGUGCUGACGCCAGCAGUAAGAAAGCAACCAGUGUCGACCUUCCUGACUUCGCAAUGCGUCGUCAAUGAAAAACGGGACUUGGAGCAACCAGCCGGAGGCAGAGACAGAAAAUGUUUUACCUAUGAAUCCGACUCAGGAGCCGAAAUUUUUAGCGUGCGAUCGGAAU